AUGAUAAAUCAAUUCCAGGACCAGAUUCCUCAACCGCUCGUUGGGAUUGGUCACAGCAUGGGCGGGAUGCAGCUAGCCCAUCUCUCCUUGAUGCACCCAUCUCUUUUCGAAGGUCUCAUCCUCCUCGACCCAGUAAUACAGCGCGAGAACCCAGGCCGCAAAUUCGCCCAGGCAUCUACAUACAGACGAGACCUAUGGGCCUCGCGCGAGCAAGCAGCAGCGAAAUUCAAAUCGAAUCCAUUCUACCGGGCGUGGGAUCCCCGCGUGUUCGAGAGGUGGAUCCAAUACGGGCUUCGAGACCUUCCGACCCCAUUACACCCAAACACAGAUGACAUUGGGCCAUCCGCCGUUACGUUGACUACAACCAAGGCCCAGGAGUUAUUCUACUUCGUACGGCCUUCCUAUGUCGACGAGCGAUCCGGGCUUCCCCGCGGUAACCCUGAAAAGGAAAUGCAUCCGGAUGACCACGAUGCUGAUUAUCCCUUUUAUCGACCUGAAUCUGCAUGGAUGUUUCGUCGACUGCCCCAUUUGAAGCCACCUAUUCUCUAUCUGUUUGGGGAACGGUCGGAUCUGUCUUCUCCGGCUGCCCGUCAAGAGAAAGUGGCGACAACCGGUACGGGUCUGGGUGGUAGUGGGGGCGCAGCGCGUGGACUUGUUGAGGAAGUUGUGUUACCAUGUGGCCAUAUGGUUCCCAUGGAGCUGGUCCGGGAAAGUGCUGAAGCUAGUGCGGCGUUUAUUGACAAGAGGUUAUCGGACUGGGAGUCGAGGGUUUCGACGUUUCGCAGGGCGUGGGAGCGGGUGCCGCAUCAGGAACGGCUGAGCGUUGAUCAGCAGUGGGAGAGGCAUAUUAAUGGCUCUUCUAAGGGAUCUAAGCUUUGA